AUGAAUAAAUUACACAGCAUGUUUCGUACACUUUGUGUAAAUAUAACUCGAAAUUUAAGUUCCAAAGCCUCAUUAGAAACACAAUCUCGAUCGUCUAAGGGGAAAUCCAAAGCCACUGUAUUAAAACAAAUGUUAUUAUCAAAUGAAUUAGAAUUUAUAAUGGAAGCACAUAAUGCAUUGAGUGCAAAAAUUGUCGAAGAAACUGGAUUUAAAGCAAUAUGGGCAAGUGGUUUGGCUAUGUCAGCUCAACUUGGAUUACGUGAUUCAAAUGAAGCAUCAUGGACUCAAGUAUUAGAUAUAUUAGAAUUUAUGUCCGAUUGUACAUCGAUACCUAUCCUGGUUGAUGCUGAUACAGGUUAUGGAAAUUUUAAUAAUGCGAGACGUUUAGUUAAAAAAUUGGAACAACGUCAUAUUGCUGGUGCAUGUAUUGAAGAUAAAUUAUUUCCAAAAACAAAUUCAUUACAUGAUAAUCGAUCACAACCAUUAGCUGAUAUUGAAGAAUUUUCAAUGAAAAUUCGUGCAAUGAAAGAUACACAACAAGAUCCUGAUUUUUGUGUUAUUGCAAGAGUUGAAGCGUUUAUUGCCGGAUGGGGUUUAGAUGAAGCGUUAAAACGAGCAGAAGCUUAUCGAAAAGCGGGAGCUGAUGCCAUAUUAAUGCAUAGUAAGAAUAAACAACCACAUGAAAUUGAACAAUUUAUGAAAGCAUGGAAUAAUCAAGGACCAGUUGUUAUUGUUCCUACAAACUAUUAUCAGACACCAACGGAUGAUUUUCGUAAAUGGGGUGUAUCCACUGUUAUAUGGGCUAAUCAUAAUAUUCGAUCAUCAAUAACCGCUAUGCAACAAAUAAGUAAACAAAUCUACAAGGAAAAAACUCUAAAAAAUAUUGAAACUCAAAUUGCUUCCGUAAAAGAAAUAUUUCGUUUACAGAAUGAUGCCGAACUUGUUCAAGCGGAAAAAAAAUAUUUGCCAAGAAAAGAAUAG